AUGAUAGCAUUAAUAAAAAAAACUGGUUUCUUAUUGUUACAGAGACAUUUGGAUAAAGGAAGUGAUCUUGCGGAGGCAGCAAAUGCCAGCGGUCUACGGGAGCUUGCAAGAUCCUUGAAGCAUCACCUCCGUGGAUUCGGUUCCCGAUUGGAGGAUAGAAGGGAAUACCUUGAGGACACUUCGAGAUGCUGUUUGGUCCAGGAUUGGGCGUACGAAUGGGCCCAGGGGGCGCGAUUAGCUGGAGAACGUCGGGCUCAACAGUUCCUCAUGGCCAGACCUCCCCUUCCUCCAGAACAUUUCACAGAGAUUAUGGUCAACUCCCACCUUCACACAGCUUCCAAGAUAGAACUGGGAGACAAAAUGGAUCUAGCGAGUUAUCUUUUGAAGCCUGUGCAACGUAUGGGCAAAUAUGCUUUGCUUCUCCAACAACUGGUGAAAGCCGGAACUGAUCUUUCAGAACCUAGAACUGAUGCUGACAAAGACGAGACGGACGACGAUACGGAAAAACCGAUGGUUCAGGGCGAAGCAGACUUAAGAGUGGCUGAACAAAUGGUGCCGUUUCAACUUCGACAUGGAAACGACCUUCUUGCGAUGAACUCGCUUCGAGAUUGCGAUGUACACGAAUUUUCUACAAAACAAUUUAGUUUAUUAACCCAAAAAUAUGAAUUUUCAACCAAAAAGUUACUUUUUUCACCAAACACAAUUAUUUUUUACCAAGCAAAUUGAUGUUUUACGAAAAAUGACGAAUAUUCAACAAAACUAUUCUUUUUCCAGAACCUCGACAUUUACAUAUAAAAGCGCAGUAUUAAAACGACGGACAUUGGAUUAACUGCCGAGAUUGCUGAUUCACCUACAAAGUUCGAAAUCUGGUUCCGAAAAAGAAAACCUGGCGAUACGUACACGCUGCAGUGCGCCAGUGAGGAUAUCAAGGAAGCCUGGACUGGGGAACUUAGUAAUCUUCUUUGGAAGCAGGCGCUUCGAAACAGAGAAGUGCCUAUUGCAGAGAUAUCCAGUAUGGGAAUUGGAAACAAACCGCGUUUGGACAUCAGGCCUAAUGCGGAUCAGAUUAACGCUCGGUCGAUCAGCGUCGCCAAACUCUCGAAAAAGUGGACAAUGAUUGUCCACUCGAUUGCUCUAUCAUUUUCUGAUGACUCUGGUAGAGGCAGUAGACGACCCCACAGUGUCAUUUCCGUUAGCUCGUCUUCGAGCAGUGGCAGAAGCAGUGGACCACCCAAUACUUUCAAUUUGGAUCUAGAUGCGAGUCCUAGACCCCAUAAUCGGAGCACUACACUUAAUAUCCAAUGUAGCGUCGGCAUGUGUUGGGAUUGGGACAAAGACAAGGAAGAAAUAGAAAAUGAGGGUCCGGGAAACUAA